CCGGGCUGCGGUCCCUCUGCAGAAGGCUCCCUAGCUCCGGGUGCGACCGUGGCUCCCCGGUGCCUGGCUCAGUGAGGAGCCACCCGCCCCGACCUCGGGAGCAGGGUUGGCCAGGGACCAGGGUGCUCUUGGUUGAUCUUUAGGUAAAGCAAAAAUGUACCAGUAAAGAGUUUUCAUGAAGAAAUUAAAGAGAAAAAGUUAAAGCUAUAGAGAAACUAGGUAUUUGUGUACUAGAGAAACCACCUAAAAGAACAGAAUGGAGUAAAGCAAAAGGAAUGAAUGACUACACCUGGAACAUUUUUUACAGAGUUGUCAUAUUUUUGUCUACCUUCUAUAAGGAUGCCACAGGAAAAACAGAAUGUAGUUUUCUAGAGAACUGAACAGUGUAGUGUAAAAAUGGAGGCCACAGUUUCUGAAAUUCAAGUAGAAAAUAAAGAUGAGAAGAGAUCUGCAGAAGUUAGCCCACAGGACAAGAAACAGAAGGAGAAAACAUCCAUACUUUGCUUCAAGAGAAGAAAGAAAGCAGCCAAGGUGCUGCAGCCCAGAGCUGGCUCUGAGGCUGCUGGGGUGGCCCGGAAGCAUCCCCUACAAGAAGGGGCUUCUGACCAGCCACAGCAACCAGGGAGUACCUGGGCCUCAAUCAAAGGCCUGGUGUCACGCAGGAAAAGGUCAGACUCUUCAAAGCAGCAAAAGCCACCUGAGGCUGAAGUACAAUCUGAAAUAAAGGCUGGAAAUGAUGAUCUUUCUAAGAAAAAGGCUAAAUCCAGACUUAAGAUUUCCUGCAUAAAAUUCUCAAGAGGGACACAAAAGAGUAAUCAGUCCAAAAUUAUAGAAGACUCAGACUGCAGUAUGAAAGCCCAGGGUGAGGCAAAAGCUUUGGAUAUACAAACUGGAACCCAAUCUGAUGACCAGGCAAUGAAGGCUCAGUCAACCCAAGAUCCAUGUGAAGAAGGCAUUCCACAAAAAGACGGGGAGGAGCUCUGUGAGUCAAAUGUGAGCACCAGCAUAACAUCUGGAGAGAAUGUGAUUUCAGUUGAACUGGAGCUAGAUAAUGGGCAUUCUGCUCUUCAAACAGGAACUCUACUCCUUGAAAAGGAAAUUGAAAUGAUGGAGGAGAAGCCAAGUGUUCAAUCCCAGCAAGCAAGCCUACCUGGAAGUUCAGAAACAGACAAUCAGCAACCAGUGGCUUCUGAUGCCAGUCCUUCACCCGCAUUACCGGAUCGGCAAACUGUGGAAAAAUCCAGUAACAGCACCCCAGAAAGUGAACCAAGUUGGAAAGUCUAUGAAAGUAGAGAGACUGUAGUUGAAGAAGAGAAUGAGCCAAAAGAUACUGAAUUGAGCCAGAAAUCAGACUUGAAAGAAAAUAAGAUCAAUGUAGAGAAACCCAAAUCAGAAGAAAGCAAAAGAAUGGAGCCAAUUGCCAUUAUUAUUACAGACACAGAAGUCAGUGAAUUUGAUGUUAAAAAAUCUAAAAAUGUCCCUAAACAAUUCUUUAUUUCAAUUGAAAAUGAACAAGUAGGGUUUUUUGCUAAUGACAGUGAUUUUGAGGGUAGAACUUCAGAACAGUAUGAAACACUCUUAAUAGAAACAGCUUCUUCUCUCGUCAAGAAUGCUAUCCAGUUAUCUAUAGAACAGCUGGUUAAUGAAAUGGCCUCUGAUGAUAAUCAAAUAAAUACUUCUACAGUGACUUAACUUCCAGCUCCUGGUAGGAAAAAAGCUUACGGAUGAACUAGUUACACAUUUGUGGCAUUUCUUAUUCAGUAACAAAUGAGAAAUUUAUCAUCUGUGGAAUUUAAAGGUAUAAUUACAGCACAGAAGUACUACAAAAUAAGUCAAAUUUAUGAAACUCUCUUUACCACUGAAAUGCAGUCACUUUUAGAUUGGAGGAAGUCACCAGACUGCAAUGCAGAGUGACAUGGGGAGUUGCUAAAUGGAAACUGGAGUCCUUGGGGAAGGAAGAUAUAUUUACUGAGCACUUACAAUAUGCCGUAAGCUUUUUCCUGGCACUUCUCUGGUGUUACAUGCUCUGGUUUCCUUUUGCUAGUUCAACCCUGUGUACAGAUCAACAUCAUAUUUGGUUUUCAAAAACUUUUUUUUUUUUUGGUACCAGGGAUCGAAC